AUGUUGCUUAUCAAAUACCUCUUAACUGCCGUGUUACUUGUCUCUCCUGCCAUUGCUGCAGUCGAUGCCCAACAAAUCGUGUCCAACAACCAGGCCAUCGCUCGCGAGCUAGACAGGGCGAAGGGCACCAUUGAAAAAUACGACGGCGGACUCAUUUCCAACCUCAUGGUGGCUAAGGCCCUGCACGAUGCCAAAGGUAUAUUUGGAAUCGCUCGUAAAGACCUCGCCGGGCCUGAUGCGUACACGGAUGAAGAGAGUUCGAAAAUUAUGGAUUCAUACAAGAACUUGUAUCCCCGAGUGAUGGACAUACUGGAUUUGGCAAAUGACAAGGCGUCCGAGUGCAAGAAGGCUGGCGUCCAGUAUAUUGCACAGGGAAUUUUCGACCAUAUGCAUGACGAAAAGAAGAAGUUGGAGGAUGUGAUGAAGAGCCAGCUAUCUGACAAGCAUCAUCGCCUGGUAAAGCCAUACUCUAAUAGGAUCGAUGAUGCGUUCAGAAAUGCCGCCGAAGCUUACCGAAACUGA